UUGGUGUAUUAUACAGUAUUUUCUAGUGCAAGUAGCCGUGGAAAGAGUGGGCAGGCAAAGCGAUACGUCAAGUCAAGAAGACGAUACUGUAAAAAUCAAUGGUGAAUUGAAGAAGAAGAAGAAGACGACGAAAGGGACAGAUAUGAAGUGGAGGUGGGACUCCAUCUUCCCCACUUAAAUAAAUAAAUCAUAUUUGCUUUCCACUCGCUAUACACACAUGCGCAGGCUCCGAUCUUUUCUUUUCCCGUUCCUUCUUCUAUAGCUAGCAGGGCAGGGGGUGGGGGAGAAAUGGGGGGGUGCACCGCGUCCAAGCUGGACAACGAGGAUACCGUCCGCCACUGCAAGGACCGGUGCCGCCUCAUGAAGGAGGCGGUCUACGCCCGCCACCACUUGGCCGCCGCCCACUCCGAUUACUGCCGCUCCCUCCGGAUAACCGGCUCCGCCCUGGUUUCCUUCUCCGCCGGGGAAUCCUUUUCCGUCUCCCACGAGACACCUGCCGUUUUCCUCCGCACUCCUUCCUCCGCCUCCGCUGCCUUCAAAACCCCUCCCCGCCCGCCGCCGGUGCGCAUCCCUUCACCAUCUCCGUCCAUUCACCAACCCCAACCGCCCCCGCAGCCGCAGCCGCAGCACUUCUCCCACUCCCGUUCUCCCUCAGUCGCCAGCUCUCUCUCCUCCCAGCGCCACCAGCAGCUCCGGUUACCGCAAACCCGCCAGAAAAAGCCCACUAUGAAACUCCCCCACAUCCUCUCCGACUCCAGCCUCCCCACCACGCCGACCACCAACAAUUUCUUCGAUCACCCAUACGCCACCGCGAAUUCUCCCUCACAAGCUUCCUCCGUCUGGAAUUGGGAAAAUUUCCACCCUCCUUCACCCCCAACAUCCGAGUACUUCGAACAGCUCCAGAAAAACAAGGCCCAGCCGCCGCACGAUCACAUCAACCAGCACAGUGAUGAAGAAGACGAAAACGAUGACGACAACUCGUCUUCGUAUUCCCAAUUCCCACCACCUACCAUUCCUCCCCAGAAUGCAUCUUUCAAGCAGUAUGAUUUCUUUGAUAACCAGAGUGUCAACGAUGAAAAGGCUUCUGUUCACUCUUCACGUUCUCACCCCUCUAAUGAGGGGAAUUUGCGUAGUCAAACCCCGAUUUUGCAGAAUAAUCAACAGCAGCAACAGCAGCCUAGGAGUAAUUUGCAUAAUCAAGACCAUAUUUUGCAGAACCGACACCAUCAUCUUCAACAAAAUGGUAAAUGGGAAAAUGAAGGAGAGAGGGAAGAAUUACAAUACAUUAAGAGGAGGGAUUUUCAUAAUCAAGAUCAGAAUAUUCAGAGUCAUCAGUUUCAUCACCGGAUGAGUAAUCAAGAUCCGAUUUUGCAGAAACAAGAUCAAAAUCUGCAGAACCAUCUUCAUCAUCUUCAACACAACAAUAGCAAUUGGGAAAGUGAAGCAGCACAAAGGGAGGAAUUACACUACUCGAAGAGGAGUUUUCAUGAUCAAGAUCCGAUUUUGCAGAGUCGUCAUCGUCAUCAUUCACGGAUGAGCAAUGGAGAAAGUGAAGCAGAGAGGGAAGAAGUGCGGUGUAGUGAAUGGGAAGACCAUGACCGUUACAGCACUACUAGCUCUGGGUCCUCAGGGCUUGAAGAAGAUCCGGCGGAAGAUAAAGAAGACCCGAGAUACGAGGCCGGUCCAACCCCUUCAGCAAUUAAUGUGAGGUCAAAUUCUAAGAAUUACUAUUCAUCAGCUCAUAGGUCGGGCAAUGCAGGGUCGCCUGCGAUGAGUUGGGGGAACGGAACCACUACUGGUAAAGAGGAAGUGGUGGAAGCAGAUAACAGAAUGGUGGUGAGGCAUGAAGAUCUGUCUGAGAUUGCAGCUGCCAUCAAGUCCUACUUUGACAUGGCCGCUUCUUCUGGCGAUCAGGUUUGCGACAUGCUUGAGGCUGGCCGUGAACAGCUUGAUCGCAAUUUCAAGCAGUUAAAGAAGACAGUGUAUCAUUCAAGUGGGAUACUGAGUAGUUUGAGUUCAAGCUGGAGUUCUAAGCCUCCAUUGGCCAUCAAGUAUAAACUUCAACCUCUCUCAAUCAGCGAAUCAGGGGGUCAAAAAAGUUUACGUUCCACCUUGGACCGACUCUUAGCUUGGGAAAAGAAACUGUAUGCGGAAGUGAAGGCCCGAGAAGGAACAAAAAUUCAGCAUGAAAAAAAAUUGGCCACACUUCAAAGUCAGGAAUACAGAGGGGGUGAUGUAGCCAAGUUGGACAAGACUAAGGCAGACAUAAACAAACUCCAAUCUUUGAUUUUGGUCACCUCUCAAGCCGUCACCACGACCUCUUCUGCUAUUAUUGGCCUUAGAGAGUCUAACCUUGUCCCUCAGCUAGUUGAACUUUGUCAUGGGUUGAUGUACAUGUGGAGAUCUAUGAACCGGUUCCAUGAUGUCCAGAACGAGGUAGUCCUACAAGUGAGGGGCCUCAUCAACCGAGCAACCCAGCAGUCAACGUCAGACCUACAUCGGCAGGCGACCCGUGACCUGGAGUCUGCCAUCUCUGCAUGGCACGCUGCCUUCUCCCGCCUGAUAAAGUUCCAAAGAGACUUUGUGCGGUCCAUCUACGGCUGGUUCAAGCUCUCCCUCCUAUCAGUUGACGGCAACAUGGGCCCCAGCAGUGCGGGAGCGUUCUCCUUCUGCGAGGAGUGGAAACUAGCCCUCGACCGGGUACCGGACACUGUGGCAUCAGAAGCCCUCAAGAGCUUCAUAAAUGUUGUGCACUCCAUAUCCUUGAAACAAACCGAGGAGGUGAAGAUCAAGAAACGGACCGAGUCAGUGUCCAAGGAGAUGGAGAAGAAGGAGUCUAACAUUCGCAGCCUUGAGAGGAAGUUUUACAACUCUUACUCCACUGUGGGUAUCAACCUUUCAGAUGAUCGCGGUGGUGGUGAGGCUUUGGAUGCGCGCGACCCGCUGGCUGAGAAAAAGGCUGAGCUACAGUCGUGGCAACGCCGGGUGGAAGAUGAGAUGUUGAAACACCUGAGGGCAGUGGAGGUGACGAGAGCAAUGACUCUUAACAACAUUCAGACGGGUUUACCCCCCGUGUUCCAUGCCAUGACUAGUUUCUCUGCCUUGUUCACUCAAGCUCUUGAGGCUGUUUGUGCCAGUUCUUAUUCUAUUUAAUUAUUGAUUUAUUACUUGAUAAUUAUACCCAUCCAGGUGAUAUCAAAUUACUAUAUAGUUACUAUUUUCUUUUCUUCUUGUUUUGUUGUAUAGAGAAAUACAGUUUGAGUUUUGCCACACCUGACAUUGGUUAUAUGCCUCUCUCUGUACAUAUAUUAGUUUUCUCUAUUAUAAAUGUAUCAAAAAUCAGAGCAACUUGUUUAAAGAGAUGAAUAAAGUUGUUGGCUUAUGUUUUUUAUAAAUAAUACUGUACAAAAUAUGAUGUCA